CAGAGACAUCACCCAGGGGGAGUACAAGGGAAAGCAGAAACCAGCACAAUGCACUUUCCUCAGCCUAGCAUCUUCCAAGCAGAAAUCAUCCUGCUCUCAAAGGAAAUUAAAAGGAAAAAGCUAUCCUUCCCCUUUUGAGAAACAACCAAAUUUCUGAGUGCUUCCCAGACCCUGGCAGCCCACAGAACUGCUCAGCAGUUCUGUACUUGUAUUCAGUCUACAUUAUUUUUAAGACAACUUGCCACAAAACUUUCAUCUCCAACAGUAAAAAAAAACCCAUCAGGGAAUAUUUUUGAGUGAUUCAAGGGCAGAUAUGAAUAUACAAAAUAAGAACCUUUCUCUGUUUCUGGUAGGACAGUAGGAAAAGGUAUGGAAGUGCAACAGAGAAGAAAGUCUAAGCAACUUUUUUGUUGCUGUUUGUUCUGGGAGAUGGUAGUGAACAAACCUACCCACUACGAAGAGCUUUUCCAGGAAGUGUAGGUUGCUGUACCCUGUAUCCCUUGAGCAGCAGGUGCUCGUACAACAGUUCUCAUGCUGCUUGCAAGCAGAGAAUUUGGAGGAGCCCCAGCAACGUGCACGAAGGAUGAACGAACCCUAUGGCCCUGAGGCACCCCGUCCCAUCAGCAGCACAUCUCCUGGCACCAUGAAAAUGUUCAUGGGCUUCCUCACUGUGUUUACCAUAGUGCAGACCAUUGGGACCGUGCUCUUCUGUUUGUAUCUUCACAUGAAGAUGGAUAAGAUGGAAGAGGUGUUGAGCUUAAAUGAAGAUUACAUCUUCCUGAAGAAAGUACAGAAAUGUCAGACAGUAGAAGGUCAGAAGUCGACAUUAUUGGACUGUGAAAAGAUUAUAAAGGGCUUCGAGGACAUACAGUGCAAGGACAGACCCCCCAAGGAGCAGCCCAAGUUUGAAAUGCAGAGAGGUCCUGAGCACCAUGAGCAUUCCCGUUUGAUGCACAAGAAUGAGACAUCUGUGGCAGCAGAGAAGAGGGAGCCAAUUGCAGUUCACCUGGCAGGUCAGCAGAGCAACAAGGCAGGCUCAGUGCUGGAGUGGAGGGAGACCAUGUAUGGCCCCACAAACAGCUUGAUAUCCAACAAGGAGGGGAAACUGAAGGUGGAGGAAGCAGGGCUCUACUACAUCUACUCCCAAGUCAGCUUCUGCACCCCGGAAGUGUCUUUGGCACCCUUCACCCUCUAUAUUUAUUUACAUAUCCCCAAGGAAGAGGACCGGCUCUUGCUGAAAGGACAAAAGACACAGAGCUCUUUGAAGACACGUGAAGAAGGACACUUGAAGACCCUCUGUGAACUCCAGUCCAUCCGUGUGGGAGGUGUCUUCAACCUCCGGGAAGAUGACAUGGUCUUUGUCAAUGUGACAGACUCCACAAAAGUGAGGUACAGCCACGGCAACACCUACUUUGGCAUCUUCAAGCUGUAGUGAGGAAAGGGCUGUCCUGAGCUGGGAAUCCAGCCCAACUUUCUUGAGCAAAGUGCCUUUCCCUUUUUCCCUUAUUUAUGUUCCUCUGCCUCUCUGUUUUUCUCAGUUUUUAAUUUGUAUAUUUUGUUAUUUAUUAAUGAGGGCCAAAGGGCCCUGAGAACACAAAUAGAACAAAGUUUGAAACUGUUAUUAUUUGCUUCCAGUUUUUAUUCUUUUGCAGCUAGUGAUUUGGUACACGCUGGUGUUGU